AUGUUGCAGCCGACCAACAGUACCGGCCAUCGACGCAUCCACAGUGCCAAUGCCUUUCAAUUCUCUCGUCACUCUCCUUUCAAAAACAUCUUUGGGCAAGAGCAAAAGAAAGAAUUACAAUUCACCAAUUUAAACAAAAUCAACAAGUCAGCAUGUUCUGCCGAAUCCACAGUGAUUAGUUGUGAUGAAGAUUAUUUUGCUUUACCCUUCGGAACUUAUGGAGGUGUCAUUAUUCUUCGACAUUCCAACAUUCCACAAGAUUCCAAAUCGAGACGUGCUCAUGCCAAUCCACCUCUUCUCUCCGAUCACACUGGAUUUGUUCAUGAUCAUUCAUUCUCUCCUCUCAAACCAAGUUAUAAUGAUUCAGAAUUUCGUUUAUUUUCAACAUGUUCUGCAGAUUGUACAAUUAAAAUUUGGAAAAUUAGACAACAUCCUGAACUUGCUAUUCAUGGUUAUUGUGAAAAUUCAACCACUGACACGAUUACCUUAAAAGGACAUGAAAAGAAAGUCAACACUGGUGAUUUUCAUCCCAAUGUGAAUAAUAUCUUUGUGAGUUCAAGUACAGAUAAUACAUUAAGAAUAUGGGAUAUUACAAGUCAAAAAGAUUUAAUUGUAUUGAAAGAUGAUUUUGAUGAUUUGAUUCAAUCAUGGGAUUGGUCUGCCACUGCAAGUAUCUUGUAUACCUCGAGUAGAGAUACCAUUGCAAGAGUGUAUGAUCCAAGAACGAAAUAUGCCAUUGUGUCAGGUAAAGCUCAUGAUGGUAAAAAAGGUUUUCGAGUGGUGUGUACCAAUCCUGAUCAAUUUUUCACUGUUGGAUUCAAUCUCUCAGGUACUCGUGAAUAUGCUCUAUGGGACUUGAGAAAGGGUAUGAGAAAAGGUCCACUUGUACGUGAAACCAUCUCGGAUCAAACACCCACUCAACUCUUUCCUUUUUAUGAUUCUUCUUCUCAUUUACUUUAUUUAGCAGGAAAAGGUGAUACCAAAGUUCGAAUGUUUGAAAUUGAUUCCAAUUCAGAGCCAUAUGUUCAUCCUUUAGGUGAAUUUAAAUUAACAAGUACCAACACUGGUAUUGCCAUGUUACCCAAACGAGUGUGUGAUACCAAAGUGUUUGAAGUGGCACGUUUCAUGAAACUCAAUGUUGAAAGUGUUGAAACGUUUAAUUUCCAUGUUCCUCGUAAAAAGGAACAACAAGAUGUCUUUUCAGAUGAUUUAUAUCCUCCAGUGCCAAGUGGAAAGCCAUCACCAUUGACAUCGAUGGAUUGGUUCUCUGGAAAGAGUUGUCUUUGUGAUUUGAUGAGUAUGAGAGAGAAUUAUGGUAGUAGUAGUGGUAGUAGUAGUAGUGGGAGAGCAACAUCAUCUACUGGUAGUAGUACUAGUAGUACCAAUAAUACAACGUCGGUGAAAACUUCUCGAGGAAGAUCGUAUGCACUCAAAUCAGCACCUUCUGUAGAUGUUGGAUUGAAUACCUAUGCAGGUUCUUCGAGUAGUUUAGGUGGAAAUUUGGAUGAAUUUUCUGAAGAUUUGACUCUUCUCAUCAAUUCCUAUGGAUUUUAUUUCCAUUCGUAUUUACAUGUUUGGUUUCAUAAGGAAAUGCGAUGGAGGAAAUUAUUUUGUGCGUUACAUCGAUCGAAAACACAUCCUGAAUGGAAUAGUGUUCUCAUCUAUGGAGAGAAUGCACAACAAGUGAAAUCCAUACGAGAUGAAAUUGCGAAAAAGGAUCAUCAAGAGAAUUUCAAUCGAAAUGAAUUCAUUUCCUUGUAUUCCAAGUCCAAGACGAGUGGAGUGAUUUUCAUGGCUCAAUUGUUUUAUGUACACAAAGCCUAUCAAUUGGGAGAUGAACAUUUUUCAGAUCAUGAAACUAUGGAAAUUCUCUAUUAUGAUUUAAUUUCAAAUGAAAUUGUUUCAUUAUUCCUAGCCUCAAGUACAAGUGGUAUUGGUGGCGGUGGUAGCACGAACACUCGUCAUAGUGUUGGUACCAGUGGUGAUCUUGGAGGUGAUUCAGAAUUAAUCAAAACAUGGGCAGAUACUCUCAAAAAACUUUGUCAUCGAGAUUUGGUACGAAAUCGUCGAAUCUUUAAGGGAUUUGUUCUUCAAUUGAAAGAUUCUUCUGAUUCUUCUGGUAAAUUGAAUACGAAACAACAAAAUAGUGUGGAUGUAGAUAUUCCAGCGUAUUGGGCCAAACGUUGGUGUGUCAUUACUGAAGAAUUUCUCUUUUUAUAUUCACAUCGUAAAUCACCAUUGCCCGAGAGUGCAUUCACAUUAAUACCCAAGAAGAAGAUUUCUCUACCAGGAGUGACCAAUAUGGAUUUUGCAUUACCACAGUAUCAUCGAUUUGAAAGUAUUGAUUCUUUGGCAGAGAAUGAAUGGUCAAAUUCCAAUAAUAAUAAUAAGAGUACUAGUAGCAAUAGUAAUAGUAGCAGUAAUAGUAGUAAUAUAGCAAUAAAUUUAUGUUUUACUUUGAAAUUUGAGAGAAAUCCUACUUCUACGAACAAAUCCAACCCAUCUCUGAUCUAUUUCUUGGCAAAUAAUGAACAACAAAAAGAAUCUCUCUUUGAAACGAUUCAAAUCAAUAGUGGUCUCAUUAAGGUUGGUUCCUCUGAAGAAGAACGAUUAUUAGAAAAAUUAGGAUUACCCAUUGAAACUCAUUCCGAUUCUGAUAUGGGAAUUAGCAGUGCUACGACUCCCUCCGAUUCAAAGAGUACAAAUGCAUCGACGAUGAUGACAGAGGAAGGUAUUGGUAAAAUUCAAGUAUGGCCCAUUUCAUCGGAUUCCAUCUCGAAAGAAGACUUGGAAGAUUUAUUUGGAGUUUUUGGCGCCAUUGAUCAAAUUGAAUUAUUUUCAAAAGAACAUCGAGCCGUAGUGACUUUCCAUAAAAAGAGUUCAGCCAUGAAUGCACUCGUAUUGAACCAUACGAAUUUGGAUGCCACAAAAAUCAAUGUCCAGGCUCUUUCGGAGGAACAACUCUAUGAACCAGGUUAUUUGAAAGUUGAGAAUAUUUCACCUCAAUGUUCCAAACAAGACAUUCGAGUGAUUUUUGCAACAUUUGGUGAAAUUCAAAAAAUCAAACUGUGGCGUGAUCCCAAUGCCAAGAAUCAUUCGUUUUGUGGAAUUAUUAAAUUCAAAACAGUGGAACAAGCGAAAAUGGGACUCGUAUUCCAUGGAUCGAAAUUGUAUUAUGAAGAAAUUAAGGUAACCUUUUUAGAGAGUGGUGAUUCCACACUGAAUAGUAACAAUAGUACUAGUGGUAACAACUCGAAUAGUAACAACUCGAAUACUACUAGUAAUGACCAUUCUCUCUUCCUAUUGGGUGAAGAUAAAUUAUUCAAUAAUGAAUAUGAUCCCAAUGAAGUCAAAGCCAAUCGACAAAAAGUUCUCAUUCAAAUCAAGGGAGACAAAAAGAUUCGUUCUCGUCAAGUUGAACUCUCACCAAAAUCCAUCAAUUCAGGAGAUGUCUUUAUAUUGGAUUGUGGUAGUUUGAUUUAUGUAUGGAAUGGUAAACACACUUCAAGAUUCAAAAAAGCACGUGGUUUAGAUGUUGCUACUAAUUUGAAACUCAAAGAACGAGGUGGUAAUGCUAAAAUUAUCAUUAUUGAUGAAGGUCCAAGUACUAGUACUACAACUACUGCUACUGCUACUACUAGUACAACUACUACUAUACGUGAAGAUGAACGUGAAAUGGAACGACAAUUUUGGAAUGCACUCUUUUCUGAAUAUAGAGAUCCUUCCUUUGUGCGGGAAGAGUUUUUGAAUCACAUUCCCAGCACAGGAGGAGAUGAUAAAGAAUUUGAAGAAAAGAUGGAUAAGAAUACCAUUUUAUAUCGAAUUAAUUUCACGGAACAUUUAUUUGAUUUUUCAGAGGGUGGUAGUAAUAGUACUGGUGGUGGUCAUGGUAAUAAUAGUAAUAAUAGUAAUAGUAGUAACACUAGAACGAGUGGAAAGUAUCAAUUGAAAAUUGUACAUCGACACUCACAACCAGCACUCUCUGAUUUGAAAUCUCAAUUUGUCUAUGUAUUGGAUUGUUUGAGUGAAAUUUAUAUUUGGGAAGGAAAAUACUCAUCGAAACAACAACGCUUGUUUGGUCGAACCUUUGCCUCCAAAAUUGAACAACAAGAUCAUCGACCCAUUUGGACUCGUGUCUGUAAAAUUGUGGAACACUCUGAACCUAUACUCUUUAAGGAAAAGAUGAGUGAUUAUGCAGGUGUGUUACCAAUUGCAGUUUCACAAGCUGCCAUUGAUGAAAAACAAGGAAAGGAAGUAUUUAUAUGGAAAGUAGAAGGUUUUGAAAAGGUAGAUUACAAUGAUGAUUAUUAUGGACAACUCUUUAGUGGAGAUUCAUUUGUGAUUUUAUUCAAAUAUUACAAAUCGAAUAAGGCCAAACAUUUGAUUUAUUUUUGGCAAGGAAGAGAUUGUUCUGUGAAUGAGAAGGGUGCUUCUGCAUUGUUGACCAUUGAUGUUUCAAAUAUUAAUUUACAAGGUGAUGAUGCACCACAAAUUCGAAUGAUUCAACAGAAAGAGACUCGACACUUUUUAAGUAUGUUUCAAUCCUAUUUGGGAUUGGAUGGAUUGGUAAUUCCUUUGGGUAAAUUUAAUUCAAGUGGUGAUAGUAGUUCGAGUGGUAUUGGUAGUAGUUCGAGUGGUAGUGAAAUGGGAGGUAGUGCCAUGAAAAAACCACAAUUCUCAAAAUCUACCAUUGGUAGUCAUACAAGUAGUAGUAGUGGUCAUCUCGCAACGACAGAAGAAUCUUCAAAGAGAGUGUUCCAACAAGCACUUUCACAAUUAUACAUUUAUGACAUUCGAUGUGUCAAGUCAUUGAUAGCAAAGAGUGAUGAUCGUUCAGAAUCAUUCUGUGAAAAGACAAGGGCCGUUCAAGUAGACACGAGUGAGUUUAAGAGUAUUGAACAAAUUUCUCGACUCUUCAAUUCCAAUCAUACACUCUUAAUUGUUACCAAAGAUAAGAAAGAAGGAUAUUUAUGGAAAGGAAAAUAUCAUCAUCAAGAGAAGGAGUUGGCUCUUGCUCGUCACGUUUCCAAUCAUGUAUUGAAAUUUCCAGAUUCUAAAUUAAUACAAAUGGAUCAAAAUGCAGAAAAAGAUUCAUUAUGGAAAUUGUUUGGAUUGAAUGCCAUGAAUGCUACACCUAUCAAGAAGGUUAUCAAAUCUCAACUUGAUUUACAAAAGAAGAGAACAGAUCCAAUUUUAUAUCAAUUCUCUGGUGCAACUGGAGUGGUCGACGUGGAGCGAGUUUAUAAUUUUUCACAAGACGACUUGGACAUAUUUAACGUGUUUUUAUUGGAUGCACAAGAGUUGGGUUGUUUCUUGUGGUUUGGCUCAAAUUCAUCCCAUAAUCUCCAAAAGGUUGCACUUGAAACUUCUCUCAGAUAUUGCAUGACACAUUAUGCAACUGUUAACAAUACCAAAAAUCAAGAAGACUACACUGACGUGAAUUUAUUCGUGACUUAUACAGGUCAAGAACCAGCCACAUUCAAAACUCAUUUCCAUGCAUGGGGUACAUACAGAGACAAAUACAUUGUCAAUCACUUGAAUUCCAAUACCAGUAACCUUUCCAAAGAAGUGUUAAUUCCUGCAAGUGAUUUGAUGAAAGAGUAUGCAAGAAAGACCUAUUCUUACAAGACACUUCUUUCUGAACAGUUACCACCUGGAGUGGAUGCAACGAAAUUGGAAGAAUACUUGAGCAAUGAAGAAUUCCAAUUAGUAUUCUCCAUGACCAGAGAUGAAUUUAAUCAACUACCAAAAUGGAAACAAGAAAGCGAAAAAAGAAAGGUCUAUCUUUUCUAG